ACUCCACUUAAAUCCAGUGAAGCACACAGACGUUCCUCGACUCCAAUCUGCUCAUCUUUAAAGCCCAUAAUGAAGUCUGUGUGGGUUUAUUUUAUCGCCACUAGGUGGCAAUAAGACCCGCUUUAUUCCAGCGGAAUAACCGCAGCGCUGCUCGACGCUCUCUCUUCUGCAGGAGACGCAGGAGUAGUGCAUUAGGUUUUUAGGAAGUUUUGCAUCCCUGUGUGUGUGUGUGUGUACAUGUGUGUGUGUGUGUGUGUACGUGUGUGUACAUGUGUGUGAUCUGACUGCUGGAUACCAGAGCUACUGCUGUGCAGGGGACCGGAUCCUGUGUGCGGAUUGUUCUCUCUCUCCCUCCCUCCCUCCAUCUCUCUCUCUCUCUCCUCUAUCAUCCUGCAGGCCCUGUACGUGCCACUCUGAGAGGGUUUUGUUUUCUUCAUAAUAACCAAUAACAGCAUGGGGAUUGAGAGUCAAGUCCCGGCUCAGCCUACGGCCAGCCUGACCACCAGACAGGUGAAGACUUUCCAGAAGGUGGAACCGAAAGCUUUAGGGUCGAUCCAGAUCAUCAUCGCGGUUUUGUUGCUGUGCCUGAGCGUCUCCGUGCUUCAGAUCUACUACGAAGUUCACUUCACCCCCGACCUCAUCGUAGUGGUCGUGAUCGUCGUGCAGAUUCUUGCCUCCGGUUCAGUCCUGAUCCAUGCUGGGAGGUUCCCUUCUCUUUUCUGGGUAAAGACGACGCUGGCCGUUCACCUUGUGAGUGCUGCGUUCGCCGUGGCCGCUCUGGGCCUCCUGUCUCGCCACCUUCCCUACAGACAGGACUCGUAUCACUGCGAGCACUGCAGGAGACUGGAGAUCUACGCUGUGCUGCCUGGAGUGGUUCAGCGCGUUGAAGGUCCCCCAGCUCGUGCAGCUCCACCUCAGCCAGAGGUCGCACCUUUUCAGCAGGUGGAGGUGCUGGAGGAGGUGAUGGUACCCGCGGCUGCACGUGAACCUCUUCCUCAGCCGGUAGAGGAAGCUUCCACUCCUCCCACUGAACCACAGGUCGAGCCUAUUGACUCUAUAGCGGAGGUCUGAGCCAGGGUCAUGUGACCACGUUUCCACGGCAAUUAGGAGCUUUAUUCAUCCGAACGUCUUCUCUGAGCAGAAAGUACCGUGAUUGGUUUAGUUAGGCAGCUAGUCCCUUUCUGCUCUCAGAACACAUUUCGAUAACUAAAACUCCUACGUGCUUUUCCACCAAUCAGAGAGGAGCGUGAAUAUCCGAGGCCAGAAAUGAAAUGUGUACAAUUUACAUUAGCCUCGUAGCUCAUUAUGUUUGAUCUAAACUGAUCAUUAUGAAAGUCAUGUUUAAGCGAAUAACGAUAUGAGGGCCAUUAUGUUUUCCCCAAAGCAUGUAGACGUUUCGUACACAUUAAAUAGAGUUUAUACCACAGCGCUUGUGUAGUUCUUGAAGCUGAUUGGUCAGAAGGUGCGGAUUCAGUUUCUAUAACAGUGGUUCAGAUAGUAGUUCCCGCUGCAAGGUAACUCACAAGUUUGUAACUCAUAAGUACGUUGAUUCGCGUCUUCCAUUUUGUUAUUGUUUCUAUAGUAACAACUACUCACGGAAGGAAGGAGUCUCCAGUGUCAGCCCUUUGUAAAGCACUAACAUCACGUUUUAACGUGAUGAAAGCUGCGUUUUCUGUCUUAAGUGAAAAACGCCUGGUGAGCGAGGGAACGGUUUCUAGCUGCAUACGUGAUAACAGGAACCAACCGGUUUCUUGUUUCAGGGACAUUCCACAUAACUAGACAUGGAUUCAAGAAGUACCGUUUUUGUAUCGUUUUUAAAUCAUAUCGCUGUGGUAUAAGAGGAAUAAAACAUUUCAGGCAUGCUGUUAUGGGAAAAUAAACAUUACCCCAUCGUGGAUUACUUUCCUGUUACAGCACACCCCCUAGUGUUUUAUUCCAUACUUACAUGACAUUUCAUAAUGAGUUUCAGUACUUUUGGGAAGUCCUGAACUACGAACAGGAAUCUCGACAUUAACGCCAGUAGAUACCAGUACAGUACAGUACAUAUUGGAAAAUAUCUUGGUUUUUCCCCAAACUGUUAUCAUUUUGUUAUGAUAUGUGUAGGCACCUGCUGUAAAUGACUCUGUUCUACGUUAACGCUUGCACUAUAGAGCGGAUGGACUGUGAAUGAAUGUGAAUGUGAAUUCAUUGUUAUAAUAUAACCGUGUCACACUAACACUUCGGACCUUGUGUUCUCUGCCUGGAGAAAAUGCCUCUUUACACUGUUAGUGCACUACAUGGACGGCACUUUCUAGUGCACUUCUUUUCGAACAAAGACUUGAAAAUGUGGGAAAAGACCUGAUUUUAUUCGUGAUGUAACUGAAGCAUCUCAUCCUUCACUAAAGCUGAGCUUGAUGAACACGUAUGGCUGGGGUUGUUGUUGUUUUUGUUUUUGUACGCUGGAAUAUUUUUGAAAAGAAAAUCUGAAAUGCGUAUACUGUUAACGUUCUGCUAGUAGCUUCAGCGAGCAGGGGGAAAAAAAAAAGAAAAAAUCCUACACAUAAUUCAUUUAAACUUCCUGGUGAUGGGAUGUGCCUCGGUGCUAUUACUAUAACACCUACUGUGCAACUUGUUCCCAAACCCCACAACCUGCUGCACUACACACAUCAGCGGAGAUACAGUCUGGCUGACCGCGGAACAGUUUGUACUAGGCAGAUUAUUCAGCGUGCGCAGACGACAGGUGAUCUUUUCGGAAUCGAAAUAAAGCGCGGCGCGGAGCCGUACCGUAACUCUCCUGUGUCGUGUGAGGACAGUGCACGACAUCUCUUAGCCGAAACGUUCGCCAGGGACUGCGUGUUACGUUAAACUCUUGGUUAAAAGAUGAUGAUAAUCAUAAAAGCAUCAUUUGCGUUAGUGUGUAUUAGAUAAAGUUAAACCGUGAUUCUGGAUCGUGAAAUGAAGUCAGGUGUAGCAAAUCUACUUUAUUGAUUUCUGCUGUCAUUGUCAUGAGCUGGGGUUUUUUUUCUU